AUGCACCUUAAUAAAUGCUAUUUACUAUGCAGAUUUACAGAUGAUACGUUUAAUGUAGACAAUGCGGUCACUAUUGGUGUUGAUUUUAAAAUGAAAAAAAUUACAGUUGACAAUAACAAUAUUAAAUUGGCUCUAUGGGACACAGCUGGGCAAGAACGUUUUCGUACAUUGACACGAAAUUACUAUAGUGAUGGCCAAGGAGCUGUACUAGUUUACGACGUUUCAAAUAGGAACUCUUUUACUUGUUUAGAAAAUUGGAUCAAUGAGCUAAAUAAAUAUACAACUAAACCCAACAUCAUUAAAAUGGUUGUUGGAAAUAAAAUCGAUCAGGAAAGACAAGUGUCCCGAGAUGAAAGUAUUGCGUUCGCUAAACGUCAUCAAACAUUAUUUAUCGAAACUAGUGCAAAAACUAAAGAAGGUGUUCAUAUGGUAUUUGAAGAGUUGGUGAGAAAAUCGGACCUAUAA